UUACUGUUAACUUGAACGCAGCACGAGUCACUUCACGUUGUGCACGCGGACAAGAUGAACGCGCCUCCUGCUUUCGAAUCGUUUCUGCUGUUUGAAGGCGAAAAGAAAAUCACCAUCACCAAAGACACCAAAGUGCCCAACGCCUGUUUGUUUACCCUGAAUAAAGAGGACCACACGCUGGGCAACAUCAUCCGAGCUCAGCUGCUGAAGGAUCCUCAGGUCCUCUUUGCUGGUUAUAAGGUUCCACAUCCUUUGGAGCAUAAGAUCGUGAUCAGGGUUCAGACCACGCCCGACUACAGCCCUCAGGAAGCAUUUACGAAUGCCAUCACAGACCUGAUCAGUGAGCUGUCUCUGCUGGAGGAGCGCUUCAGAGUGGCCAUUAAGGACAAACAGGAGGGCAUUGAGUGAAGCUCCGCCCCCAACCAGCUUCAAUAAAGUUUAGUGAUGUUUGCUUC